GCGGAGCGCGGGAGGGAGUGACACACACUGAUUCCAAAGCAAACACACACAGAAACCCAUUAAACAAGAGUCCUUGGCAGAAAGCAGCGAGAGAAGAAUGAAAGUAGUCUCCAUUCACCUCCUCUCCACACGAUGACAAUUUCCAGCAGUAUCUACAGCUUGCUUUUGAAACUCGUCUUUGGAUUCUGAAUCGUUACGCUGCGGGCUCCAGAGUUUUGGGAUAAUCAUGGAAAAAACAGUGAACGUGUCGCAUUCGGGGGGCAGUAAAGGAAAGUGGUCCGCGGAUCUGGGGAAUCCCGCGCAGAGGCAGAGCAGAAGCGGUUCGUACAGUCCGGGAUCAGCCGCUGUUUCGGACACUCAUCCGUCUCAGAGCCAGAAGAGACACUUGGAGGAGGUUUUGAAUAAAUACACCAAUUUACUACAAGGCUGGCAGAACAGAUAUUUUGUGUUGGACCCAGAGCUCGGCCAGCUUCAGUAUUUCAUCAAUGAGCACAGUAAGAUCCAGAAGCCACGAGGAUCUUUGCCCCUCAUCGGCUCCUCUGUGGCCUCAAGUGAUGAGUUUCCCUUCAUGUUCACAGUCUGUGCCGCGAAUGGAGAUUUCUUCAAACUGCGAGCCGGCGAUGUGCGUGAGCAGCAGAUGUGGAUGACCCAGCUUCAGCUCUGUGCCCGUCGCCACUCAGACGGCAAUGCCAAGGGCUGCUCCUCCUCUUCCUCCUCCUCCUCUUCAUCCACCGGCCGGACCCGCAGCUUGUCCCUGCACCCGCACCCCGUCCCGCAGAACUCCUUCAUCUCUGCUCAGAGACAGAGCCCUCAGCAUGGGACGCCUGCCUCCGUCAUCAGCAUCACCCACCACAGGUCUCCCACCGGCGGCCAGCGGGCCUGCAGUCGACACCCUGCAGGACUGCACCAGGUCAAAGAGGUCAUGUCUCAGGCGGAGGGCCAGCAGAAGAAUCUGGUGAACUCCAUCGAGUCUCUGCCGAGCCGCGGGCCGCUCUCCUCGCUUGACCAGGACCUGCUGCUGCUCAAAGCCACUUCUGCCGCCACGCUCAGCUGUCUGGGAGAGUGCCUGAGUCUUCUUCAGCACAACGUCUGCCAGGCGGCUCAGCACAUCACCCACGGCCACCCCAACACAGAUAACAGUUGGUCGAGGCCUAAAACAGCCUCAGAAGAUCAGAUGAAGAAUGGGGAAUUAAUGAGUAACAACACAUCAGCUCGACAUCAGCCUCACUCCCCCAUUCACAGGAGCAAAGAACGACUCAAAGAAAAGGAGAACUCCAGCCCAGAAUCAGUGGACUCCAGCGAGGAGAUCACAGACACCGAGGACAAUGAGGAGGAAGAUCUGGGUGUCUUGGAUGACCAGAGGAGCGUCAUCCUCCAUCUGCUGUCCCAGCUCAAACUGGGCAUGGACCUCACACGGGUGGUGCUGCCCACAUUCAUCCUAGAGAAACGCUCCCUUUUGGAGAUGUACGCUAACUUCAUGGCUCAUCCAGAUGUAUUUUUGGCCAUCACAUCUGGAGCGACACCAGAGGAGCGCAUGAUCCGGUUUGUGGAAUAUUACCUGACCGCUUUCCAUGAGGGUCGUAAAGGAGCUGUGGCCAAGAAACCUUACAACCCCAUUCUGGGGGAGAGCUUCCACUGUACAUGGGAUGUCCCACGAGAGAAGGUCCGUCCACUCAGGACUACCAGCUCCAGCCCAGCUCCUGCUGCUGCUGCUCACUCAGUCCAGACCUCCUCCAAUGAGGGCUUAGGGUCUUACCGGCUGCGUUUCGUGGCUGAACAGGUGUCCCACCACCCACCGGUGUCUGGAUUUUACUGCGAGUGCAAAGAGCGCCGGAUAUGUGUCAACACACACGUUUGGACUAAAAGCAAGUUCAUGGGAAUGUCCAUAGGAGUGUCUAUGGUCGGAGAAGGAGUGCUUCAUCUGCUGGAUCAUGAUGAGCAGUAUGUGUUCACUCUGCCCUCGGCUUUCGCCCGCUCCAUCCUCACUGUGCCCUGGGUGGAGCUGGGUGGAAAGGUUUCCAUCAGCUGCGCCAGGAGCGGAUACUCGGCCACCGUCACCUUCCACACCAAACCCUUCUACGGAGGAAAAGUACACAGAGUGACGGCUGAGGUAAAACACAAUCCGAGUGGGACCAUCGUGUGCAAGGCUCAGGGCGAGUGGAACGGGACGCUCGAGUUCACGUACAACAGCGGAGAAACCAAAGUCAUUGACACCUCUAAACUGCCUGUCAUCAAGAAAAAGAUCCGGCCGCUCGAUAAACAAGGCCAGUAUGAGUCCAGGCGGCUCUGGCAGCAGGUGACGACAGCGCUGAAGGCUGGAGACAUCGAUGAAGCCACCGAACACAAACACAAGCUGGAGGAACGACAGAGAAGAGAAGGAAAGCAGAGAUCAGCCAGCAGCAGCUCCUGGAAACCCAAAUACUUCAUUAAAGAGGGCGAGGGAUGGGUGUAUCACAAUCCUCUCUGGAAGACAAAGUGAAGAGGAAAUCACCAGAGACACAGACUUCAGCCUGUCUCUGACCUCAGGCCGCACUGAAGGGAGUGGCCAUGUAAACGAGGGGCUGGCCAGCCGAUGGGACUUUAGCAAUGGAGCGUGUUGUAUGGAGAUUGAUUGGUGCCAAAAACAACCCAAAAGCCCCUCUGGAGAAUUAAGAAUGUGGAGGCCUGAACUGUGUAAUCCUUGUGCAAUAUCUUUAUAUUUGUAUAUUACUGCUGGUUUUGAACACUCAGUACAGUGCUUUUCCACACCAGAGAGAUCUGUAGCAUCUGUAUCAGAGUAUAUCCCACUAAUGACUGCUCGCUGUUGUUUUAGAUUAGCUCGGAGGCAGACGGCAUUCUGGGUAUUUGAGAGCAGUGAGUAAAAGAGCUGCUGUAGUACAUGCUGAGUGUGUAUUGAUGAUUUCACCACUUAUGAUUUUAUCUGAAUGACUGAGUCGCUCUUACCAUAUGAUGACAGUGUUGUGCUUCAGUCGAGUGUCUUGCUCCUGAAGGAAGAAUAAAAUCAGUGUUUAAACGGACUGGAUUUUAAAAUG